CUUCACAGGCUCACCACCAAACACCCCUUUCUCUGCGUCGGACUACCCUUUCUCUUGGCCGUAGUGGGCGGCUCCUUCGUGCUGCUGCCGUCGCAAGAGACAAAAUACGAAGUACGGGACAAGCAUGUGCAGGCUGCUCCCAUUGAGGAGCUAAAGGCUAAAAAGCCAAAGCUCACUUUGCAGGAGGAGUACUUUCGGAUGAAAACUAAG